UAAGAUACAACGGCGGUGUCGUGUGUGUAUAACUGGAAAAUUACGUUGUUGUCUCCCGAGACUUUGGUUUGUCUCAUUCCCCAUUCGCGUUCUUAUAUAAAGCUCACAGUUCGAGAGAGACAAGAGACCAACGAAACGAACUAGAGACAGUUUGAUUCGAAAAUCUUGUCGGAAAAUGGAGGAUAUCGUCGACCAAGAAUUAAGCAAUUACUGGGAACCUAGCUCCUUCCUCCAAAACGAAGACUUCGAAUACGACAGAAGCUGGCCUUUGGAAGAAGCCAUUUCUGGGUCGUAUGAUUCGAGUUCGCCGGAUGGAGCUGCUUCGUCGCCGGCUUCUAAGAAUAUUGUGUCGGAGAGAAACAGAAGACAGAAACUUAACCAGAGACUCUUCGCUCUUCGAUCAGUUGUUCCCAAUAUCACUAAGAUGGAUAAAGCCUCAAUAAUCAAAGAUGCUAUUAGUUACAUAGAAGGAUUACAAUAUGAAGAAAAGAAGCUCGAAGCUGAGAUCAGAGAACUUGAAUCUACACCAAAGAGUAGCCUUAGUUUCAGCAAAGAUUUUGAUCGUGAUUUACUUGUUCCUGUCACAUCCAAGAAGAUGAAGCAGCUUGAUUCUGGUUCUUCCACUUCUCUCAUCGAAGUUCUCGAAUUGAAGGUAACAUUCAUGGGAGAGAGGACAAUGGUGGUGAGUGUAACAUGUAAUAAGAGGACAGAUACAAUGGUGAAACUGUGUGAAGUCUUUGAGUCAUUGAAUCUCAAAAUCCUCACUUCCAAUCUCACCUCUUUCUCUGGCAUGAUCUUCCACACUGUCUUUAUUGAGGUCAGCAUCUUUCUCUCUCUAUCUCUCUUGUCUCUCUAAUUUGUAAUUAGUUAAUUACUAAUUAGAAGCAAUGAUUGCAAUUAGUCAAGAGUGGAUAGUAAGCUUUCCAAGAAAAAGUAAAAGGGAACCAUUCAAAUAGUAGAUAUAUGAUUGCUUUAGUAAACUUUUCUAAAAGUCUCCAUCAAAUUAAUACUAAUUAUGUAAUAACAUGAUAGUAAUUUCUCUUAUUUCUCAAAUCUUUCUUAAAUUUUACCAAAGUGUAUUUUUUUUUUUUUUGUAGUUUAUCUUAGCUUUGCAGUUUAUUUGCUAAUAUGGGUGGCGUUGGAAUUUAUUUAACUAGAUUGUGGAAUAUAAAGGGAUUUUCUGUGGCUUAAGUCUUUUGCUCGUGUCAAAUACUCAAACUUAUUUUAAGAAUAAAUGUCUCAUUCGUGACGCUGGCAAUGAGCGUUGUAUUAUUACUUUAUUUGUUUACCUGACAAUAUAAAUAUAGUUUUACAGAUUAAUUAUAAGAUUUCUUGAUUUGAUACUGAUUUAGACGACAUGGACCUUUCUGGUUGAUUUAAAGCAAGAUUUUAUUGAGUAAACUAAUGAUUAAGUUAGCAUCAAUAUUCCACUUAGUCUAUCUUCUUAGUUAAUACAAUUUUUUUUUUUGUUGGCCACUUAAAAUGUGUUGUUUAUUUUAUAAUUUUGGUCACUAUGUACAUUGCAUGAUAUUGAAAACUAAGUAAAAAGUAUAUUCGUUAGUUCCAAUAUCAUGCAGUUUUUGCCAAUUUGUGUUAAUUAAAAAGAUUAUGAAUUUUUAUUUCUUUUUGUCAAUUUAUGUAUACUUAUUACAAAGUUUUUGUAGUUGAAAAUAUUUCUUAUGGUUAAAUUAAAUGUUUAACGUAUGGGAAGCUUCCAGUUGCGACCAAACAUUUAUUGGGUUGUGUGGUUUUUAGUUUUUAUGUCUAUUUUUGGUCCCACAAUUAUUGUAAUUUGGUCCAUUUGGUUUAUUAAAAAGAAAAUAAUAUUAUCUCUGUGGUAAGUAGAAUCUGAUUGCUUUGAUAUUAAAAUAUUGUUCAACUGCUCGAAUUAAAUACAAUAGGAUAAGAAAUUAUAGAAAUGAUAGAAUAUAGCUAAUUCUGCCAAAUACAUCAUAUAUUGUCUGUCUGGAGAUAAUAAAAGAUAGCUGAUUCUAUCAAAUACCUCACAUAGAAAAACAAACAUAAAGAGUCAAUAAUUAUUGGAUCUUUUAGAGAUAAGAUUAUGAUUGCAUUUGCUAAUUUUUUUUUUUUUUGGCAGCAGAUUGCAAUUGCUAAUUAAAUAAUAGUACAUGUACUUGAUUCCUUUAUCUUUAAUGGGGGGAGUAUGGGACCAGUCUCUUCUUUGGCUCAUGGCUAUUAUGUAUUUCCAUUUGUAGUUGUACUGUCUCGUUUAAAGCAUUGAUAGAAAUUCCUUUUAGUAAAAAAUUAAGAAAAUAUAAUGAAAGUAACUUUACUUAAACUAAAUUAAUUUUGGAUUAUUUAUCUAACAGGCGGAUGAAGAAGAACAAGAG